AUGUUUAGGUUGGCAGCACAGAGGGGAAUAGCGAACAAAUUUGCUGGCUCUUCAAGAGCUUUGAGAGCUUCUUCACUGUAUGCUCGUUGCCGGUGCUCAACAUGGAAGCCAACGUCUGGCCCUUCUCUGCCUUCGGCUGCCAACUGGGGUAACCGACGCGGUUAUGCUGAAGCCGCAGGUAAAUUCUCCCGCGUAAAGCCCCACAUGAACAUCGGCACCAUUGGUCACGUCGACCAUGGUAAAACAACGUUGACUGCUGCUAUCACCAGAGUUCUCUCCGACAAAGGUGCAGCAAAGUUCACGGACUACUCGCAGAUUGACAAGGCACCUGAGGAGAAAGCUCGCGGUAUCACUAUCAACUCUGCGCAUGUCGAGUAUGAAUCUGAAGGACGCCACUACGGCCACAUUGACUGUCCUGGUCACGCUGACUACAUCAAGAACAUGAUUACUGGUGCCGCGCAAAUGGACGGAGCCAUCAUUGUUGUAUCGGCAACGGAUGGCCAGAUGCCUCAGACCCGUGAACAUCUACUUCUCGCUCGCCAAGUCGGCAUCAAAAAGCUGGUCGUCUUUAUCAACAAGGUUGACAUGAUUUCAGACCCAGAGAUGCUCGAGCUUGUUGACAUGGAGAUGCGUGAUCUGCUGUCAACUUAUAACUUCGACGGUGAAAACACUCCCAUCAUCAUGGGUUCAGCAUUGGCCGCUUUGGAAGGUCGGGACGACAGCCUAGGGAAGGAGAAGAUUCUGAGUCUUAUCCAGGCCUGUGAUGAGUGGCUCGACGUUCCCCCUCGUGACCUUGAGAAGCCUUUCUUGAUGCCUGUCGAAGAUGUGUUCUCGAUUUCUGGUCGUGGCACUGUCGCCACUGGACGAGUUGAGCGCGGUAUUGCACUUAAGGGUGCUGAGGUAGAGGUCGUCGGCCUUGGCAACUCUUUCAAAACUACAUUGACUGGUAUCGAGAUGUUCCACAAGGAACUUGACCGAGGUGAAGCUGGUGACAACAUGGGUUGUCUGCUACGUGGUGUCAAGCGGGAACAAGUCCGCCGUGGCCAGGUUAUCAUUGCCCCAGGCUCGAUGAAGGCUGUCAAGAAAUUCCAGGCUCAAAUUUAUGUUCUCACUAAAGACGAAGGUGGUCGCUACACCCCGUUCAUGAGCAACUACCGUCCUCAGCUUUUCCUCCGGACUGCUGACAUCACCGUUGCUCUCACCUUUGCCGAGGAUACUCCUGACGCCGAGGAGAAAAUGGUCAUGCCCGGAGAUAACGUGGAGAUGGUUUGCGAGUUGGUCCACGAUGUUGCCGCCGAGGCUGGUUCCCGCUUCACUCUUCGUGAAGGUGGCAAGACGAUCGGCACUGGUAUCGUUACGAAGAUUUUGGAGUAUGCAUGA